UGUCGCUGUGUUUUUUCAUCAAACUUGUUCAAGACCAAGGGGAUCAGAAUGUCGUCACCUAUGCUACUCAACAAGAGGACAAUGAAAUGGUUCUCCAAAUUUAUCCAACACGAACAGAUUUUUUUGUUAACAACGAGUUGUUUCGGUUUACUUCGAUAAAUCUCUACGAUAAUACUUGGCAACACCUGUGUCUCACCUGGGAAAACACUCAAGGAGUAACAAAACUCUACAAAGAUGGCCAAUUUACCGGACAGCUAACGAAUAGUGCCACUAAGAAUUAUGCACUCAAGGCUGGCGGCGCUCUGGUGCUUGGACAAGAGCAAGACUCUGUCGGCGGAGGCUUCAAUCCUAGACAAACUCUUCAUGGCCGAUUGGCAAGUGUCAACAUGUGGGAUAAAGUUCUGCCCGAAAGCGACAUUGCCGCUCAGUACACAAAUUGCAGCGUACCUCAUGGUUCUGUUGUUAACUGGUCUGUAUUCAAAACUCUUAAUCAUGGCAAUGUCACACUUGAAGAGCCAUGAACUACAUUGGUCAUUGAUCGAAACUCUUGCGGAGCCUAAAAUCAUAACUCGCGUGAUGUAAAUUCCUAAUAUUAGUGAAUGUACCAUAUGCAUAGCUUAUAUAUACCAAAAUAUGAAACAAUAUUUUGUUGAAACGCUGCUUUUGGCCAGUCAUUUGGAAAACAUUUUAUUUAUUUAUUUUUAUUCACCCAUUUUACUCAUUUGUUGGAAAAAUAUAUUAAAAUAAGAGGUAAGUUUUCAGCUGACUGGUGUUUGCCAUAAAGUUAAGACAGUUACUUGUUUUAUUGUGAGCAGCCUUAACAACAUAAGACUUUUCUUCUCUGUUCUAAUUCAUUCAUGACUCUUGAGAAUAAAUUUAGAGAGCUUUUCAAGAUAUUUCAAGAUCCCAAAGAAACUUCAAACAUUGAGAGGCUAACAGGACGAGCGCUAAUACUUUGAAUGUGCGCCUAUGAAAGUCUUCUAGAAUGAUAAUCGCAUAUGCCCUGUCGCAUAUGAUAUGUUGCGAUUAUGAGAAAAGCCUGCAUGUCCUUAAUAAGCCACCGUAUUCUACCGCUUUUUGUAACCUCUUAAAAUACUUAGCGUGUUUCUGUACAGUUUUCUUGGAGUCCAUAUUACUUACCAUCGAAAAACAUCGCAUGCCCCAUAAGGGCCACAGUAGUAGUCUAGAAAAUUCCAAAAUAAAAUUUACAGAAUCUG